AUGCUAACAACAAAUAAAACAUCACAUUACGACACAAACGCAGCUGCCACCAGUACAGCUGCUUAUAUUAGUUUAAAAACCGUUUAUUUCGUUCUGUCUCUUAUUGUUUUGUUUACGAUCACAACCAUUGGUCUGGCAGCAGCUGCGCUUGCCGUUGGAAUUAAAAAUAUGAGCAAAAUCAAUGAUCUAGGACCGUCCUCAAUUAGUUCCAGCACAACUGUAGCAACAUCUGUAGCUUCAACUGUAGCAACAUCAUUACAGAAUUCGAUUACAGCUGAGCAAAUGUUAGGUCAUUUAGCGCAACUCCAACGGAUUGCCGAUUCAUCAGGUGGUACCCGGGCUAUUGGUACAGCUGGUUUCAAUCUAACACUUAAUUACAUUACGGAUUAUCUUUCUCAAUUUUCAAAUCUCGAAGUAAAACAAGAAUUUUUCAACGUUUCAACUUGGCGUUUGCUACGUGUGCCUGUUUUCUUGUCUUACAUAAACGGCGUUGAAGUAAAUUACACCUGGGGUCCAGCACAAGACUUUUAUCACAUGACCUACUCAAGACCAGCUGAUUUCUCGACUCCCGUCCGACUAACAAUCAUCCCAAGACUCGGCUGUGAUGAUUCGGACUGGUCAGCCGCUCUACCUUAUGCAGCUGCUGGUAGUAUAGCUCUAGUAAUACGUGGUGAAUGUACUUUUGUUGAGAAAGUUAACUUAGCUGCUAAAUAUAAUGCAGCCGGUAUACUAAUUUACAAUGAUGGAACGGCACCGGAUCGCUUCACUCCCGUAAUAGCCACUGCUGGACCAAAUGCGACCUUUCCUGCUUUAGGAUUAUCCUAUCAACUGGGAACGAUUCUUGUUCAAGCAGCUCAAAAUACAUCAACAAAUGCUAGUGUAAGAAUAACUAUUGUUGCGCAGUAUGUACCCAAUACGGUUGUUGGUAAUAUCUGUGCUCAUACGGUCACGGGAGAUGCGACACAGACGAUUGUCAUUGGAAGUCACAGCGACAGUGUGCCAGAAGGACCGGGGAUAAAUGAUAACGGUAGUGGUAGUGCUGCCAAUUUGGUUUUGGCGGCAAAUUUAGCUCGUCUGCUUCAAACGUCAACGUACCCAGUGUAUCCAUAUCGUGUUAAAUUUUGUUGGUGGGGAGCAGAAGAAGUAGGUCUGCUCGGCUCUGCCUAUCAUGCUGAUGUAGCAAAGAGUAGCACGGUCCUUGGUGAACGUAUAGAAGCUGUUCGUUUAGAACGUCAGAAUUAUCUUGUUAAUCUUAAUUAUGACAUGUUAGGCUCUCCAAACUAUAUUUUCGGUAUUUAUGACGGUACAACGGCUAAUCGCAAUACAACACCAGCAAACGCCAUCCCGGGUAGUAUUCGACUUUCAGAAUUAUACCGUGAUUGGUUUAUUAAUCAGUCACUGCCAUGGACGUACACGGAAUUUAGUGGCCGGAGUGAUUACGGUCCAUUUUUGGCAGCUGGUGUGGUUGCAUCGGGUCUUUUUUCGGGCGGCGACGACACGAAAACGAAAGAGGAGCGUGAUUAUUACGACCGGCUGUUGGGACAGGGACAGGGUGGUAUUGCAAGUGCCAUACACGACCCCUGCUACCACCAGACCUGUGACUCAAUGGCUAAUAUAAACCCGUUUGCCUAUGAAAAAAUGGUCAAAGCAGCUGCUUACGUGUUGGAAUACCUAGGAAGAUUACCGGACUUGAAAACAUGGUUAUAUCCUGCACCACAGAUCAAAGAACUCGAAAAAGCAUUACCGAAUAAACUCUUGCAGAAGAAAGUCAACGCAGGUAAGUCCAAAGGGGAAACAGCGAUUUCUGUAUGCCACCAGUAUGAAAAUACAAGACAUUUAUUGUGAAUUUUUGAAAAAUACAAAAAAAUAACCGAUGCACUCCUAACCGUGACCACGAGACGAGAAAGAUGAAGAUAACGAUAACGCACAUUUUGUUCACCUUUUUGAUCCGUUUGUCUUUUAUAGGCAGGAUAAUAAUUCAUCCCCACGCAAAUAAGCGAAACGUUUCUGUUUUUUCGUUCUAUCAUAAAAAAUGCGUCUGAAUGUCGACACAUGCACCGCAUUAAAAUGUGCUGUACGCUAGUAUAUAGAAGAUGACAAAAGACUAUAACGAUAACAGAAAGAGAAAAAUAUAGAACAAGGAUAGUGAAUCGUAACUGGUGAUACAGUCUAUAAUUAUCAGUGUGUAAUACAGACUGAUAGUGGUC